UUAUUACUCCGCAAAGGUGAUUUUAAACUGGUGAUCACGUACAGUACCAUACUCAUACUCAUUACAUGUUAUUGGAAAUAACGUAAACAAGUAUUGUGAGGAUCUAGAUCUAUUUGCAGGACUAACGAGUCCAGAUUAGAUAGAAGCAGACAUGUUAGACCGUUUGAAUUGAACAGAAGAAACGUAUCGAUUCUGAAAUAAUGAAAAUGAAUACGAUACGAUUCAUAGCGGCUUUCCUGUUAUUCGUCUUCACUAUCGAUUCUACCCAUGGACAGUACAACAGGACGUCAGCACGAGGUCCAUUCCCAAAGAGACGUCAUCCGUGUGAACAGAGUUCUUGUUAUCCGGCGACAGGAAAUCUGCUGAUAGGAAGAAAAGACCGUUUAUCUGCGUCAUCAACUUGUGGUCUUCAUGGCCCAGAGAGAUUCUGUAUAGUAUCUCAUUUGAAAGACAGAAAAAAAUGUUUCUUCUGUGAUGCUUCUAAUCCAAAACAGCAGCAUAAUAUUACUAACAUUGUUGGAGGUCCACCACGUCGUUUAUGGUGGCAAGCAGAAAAUGGAGUUGAGAAUGUAACGAUAUCCUUUGAUUUAGAGGCGGAAUUUCAUUUCACUCAUUUGAUAAUACGUUUCCAAACGUUUCGACCGGCAGCAAUGUUGAUCGAACGGUCACAUGAUUUCGGGAAAACCUGGCAAGUGUACAGAUACUUUGCACACAAUUGUGAGCAAUCGUUUCCUGGUGUUCCAACUCACCAGCCAGAGAAAUUAACAGACGUUAUAUGUGAGUCACGUUACUCAUUUGUCGCUCCAUCGACUGGCGGUGAAAUAAUAUUCCGUGUACUGCCGCCGAAUUUACAAGCUGUAAUAGAUAAUCCAUAUUCAAAAGAAGUUCAGAAUUUAAUGAAAAUGACAAACCUCCGUAUCAAUUUCACAAGAUUGCACACUCUCGGUGAUGAUUUACUGGACGAUAGACCGGAGAUUAGGGAGAAGUAUUAUUAUGCCGUGCAGGAUAUGGUGAUCCGUGGUUCUUGUUCAUGUUAUGGUCAUGCUUCCGCCUGUCUUGAGUUGCCGGGAAUAGCUAAUGAAGAUGAAAUGGUACAUGGACGCUGCGAAUGUACGCACAACACCAAGGGAUUAAAUUGUGAAACUUGCCAGGAUCUUUACAACGACGGGCCAUGGAAACCUGCAGUUGGUAAACAAACGAACGCUUGUCGUCGUUGUAAUUGUAACAAUCACGCUCACUCUUGUCACUUUGACGAAGCUGUUUACGAAAAAUCUGGACGGAUUUCUGGAGGAGUUUGCGAUGAUUGCCAGCACAAUACUCGUGGACAGAACUGCGAGCAAUGUAAACCUUUCUUCUAUCAUGACACUACCAGAAAUAUAACUGACCCAGAAGCAUGCCAGCCGUGCGAUUGUGACCCUGGUGGUUCUUUGGACGAUGGGAUUUGCGAUCCACGAACUGAUGUACUGACUGGCGAAGAGUCAGGUCGGUGUCACUGUAAACCAAAUGUCGAAGGUCGUAGAUGCGAUAGAUGUAAGAACGGAUUCUGGAACUUUGACCCUGAAAAUCCAGAUGGUUGUCAAGCAUGUACUUGUAAUAUUCUGGGUACCAUUGACAACCAAGGCUGCAACCAAGUAACUGGAGAAUGUACGUGUAAGCGAUACGUCACUGCACGUGAUUGUAAUCAGUGCUUACCAGAAUACUGGGGACUGUCCGAUGAUCAUGACGGCUGCAAGCCUUGUGAUUGUGAUCUUGGUGGUUCAUACGAAUCUACCUGUGAUGUUCUCACGGGCCAGUGUCGUUGCAGACCUCACGUCGGCGGCAGAACUUGUGAUCAGCCCGAGCAGAGUUACUACACCGGAUCAUUAGAUUUCUUGGUUUAUGAAGGAGAAUUGGCAGGCGCUACUGAUAACUGCCAAGUGGUGAUUAGAGAACCAUAUAGAGAUGGAAGAGACAAUACUUGGACUGGUACAGGCUUUAUGAAGGCACUGGAAGGUUCGACGAUGAACUUCACUAUCGACGAUAUCAGGAAAUCAAUGUGGUAUGACAUUGUCGUUCGUUAUGAACCAAUUCAUCAAGGUGUAUGGCAGGACGUGGAAAUACUUGUUGAGCGUGAUGGUCCUCCUGAUCCGGAUGGUCCCUGCGCUAACUGGAGGCAAGAAAAUGACAGGCUCUGGGUUGAAUUGCGUGAUAAUAGACGCAGUAUGGAAGCAAAUAAUGCUGUUUGUCUUGAAGCUGGAAAAAUUUAUAAAAUAUUAUUAAGCUUCCGGAGAUUUGACCCUCAAGGCGAUCCCAUUCCUGGAGCAGCAAUUCUUAUUGAUUCGAUCGUUUUAAGACCCAGAAUUGAUGAAGUACCUUUCUUUAGUGGUACAUCCCUCGGUGAAUUGCGUAAGCAGGAGUACGAACGGUAUCGUUGUAAUGAAAGAUUUAAUGACGUCAAUGCUGGUAGUCAUGAUGAAAAUGAUAUUUGUAACAAGUAUCACAAUAGUAUUGGCUUCUGGGUCUUUGACGGUGCUCAUGCUUGUGAAUGUAAUCCGACGGGAUCACACAGUUUACUAUGCCAAAACUAUGGUGGAGUGUGUCCUUGUAAAACAAAUGUAGUAGGCAGACGUUGUGAUCGUUGUGCACCAGGAACUUACGGAUUUGGACCAAAUGGCUGCACCGCCUGUGACUGUGACGCAGUCGGAGCACUGGAUAACUUCUGUGACGUUGAUACUGGACGGUGUAAAUGUCGACCGAAUACUUACGGCAAAACUUGUGGUCAAUGUGAUCCAGGAUUCUGGAACUUCCCUCACUGUCAGCGCUGUGAAUGCAAUGGACAUGCAGAUAAUUGUGACUCACGCACGGGCGCUUGUAUAAAUUGUCGUGAUUAUACAACAGGUCACACUUGCGAUCGCUGUAUUGAAACUUUUUACGGAGAUCCACGUAUUGGCGUCGACAUUCCUUGUCGGGCUUGUCCUUGUCCUGGUACCAUUGACUCCGGCCAUUCAUAUGCAGAAAGUUGUUCUCUGGACCCAGUAACCCACGACGUAAUAUGCGAAUGCUUUGAAGGUUACGUGGGAGCCCGUUGUGAAAGUUGUGCUGAAAAUUACUUCGGCGACCCAGAAGAACCAACUGGCAGUUGUACCGCUUGUAACUGUAGUAACAAUGUUGAUCUUUCACGACCAGGAAACUGUGAUCCGCACACGGGGCGUUGUCUUCAGUGUCUUUAUGAUACUGAUGGACCCAAUUGCCAAUUCUGUAAGCCUGGAUUUUACGGAAAUGCACUGGAAAAAGAUUGUAGAGACUGUAUGUGUGAUGUAUUGGGCACUGAUCACGCUGCUGGACCCUGUGACCAUCGUACUGGACAAUGUCCUUGCUUGCCGCAUGUGGUUGGUAAUCUUUGUGACACUUGUGAAGAAAAUCAUUGGCGCAUUGCGAGUGGUCAAGGCUGUGAUCCAUGUGAAUGUGAUGCUGUUGGAAGUGUUUCUGACAAGUGUAAUCCAUUCGAUGGGACUUGUGAAUGUCGACCAGGCUUUGGUGGACGGCGUUGUAAUGAAUGCCAAGCCAACUACUGGGGAAAUCCGAAUAUCCAGUGUCAGCCAUGUGACUGUGAUGACAUUGGAUCAUCAAGUCCUCAAUGUGACCGUGAAACUGGUCACUGUGUCUGCCACAAAGGUAUAGGAGGCGAGAAAUGUGAUCAAUGUGACCGUAGUUACAUUGGUACAGCACCCAAUUGCAGUCCGUGUGGCGAAUGUUUCGAUAAUUGGGACUUGAUACUUGAUGGAUUGAAAAAUACAACCAAUGCGGUGAUCCAAGAAGCAUCGAGAAUCCAAAAAGUCGGUACAACUGGUGUUUACAGUCAGCAGUUUGACGCGAUGCUCGAAUCACUUGACCAAGUUCGCUCGUUGAUUGACAAAACCACAGUGAGAUCGCAGGAUCUUGAUGAAUUGGAGGGGCUGGCCGAAGAUUUGAAAACUAAUAUUUCGUCAUCGGCCAAUGAACUCGAAGAUGUUAAAAAUCAACUGGAGAACGUCAGCCAGCGAGUUAAUUUAGGUGAUGUCGCACUGAAGAAGUUAAAGAACCGCACGAAUAAUUUACAUCAGGGUGCGGCUUUAUUGAAAGAGGAGGCAAUGAGACUACAGGAAGCUAAUGUUCAAGGAGCGUUGAAUGUCACCCAGCAAAUGGCUGAGCAGUCAAGACAAGCUGAGAAAAUGGCCAAUGAGACUACUAGUGUUCUUUCUGAUGCCGAGAGAUAUAGGAAGAAUACUGAAAGUCUCUUGACGAAGAAUCGCGCUACUGUUGAAGAUGCUCAAGGACGCAGUCAGGAAUCUGUCAAUAGAUUAAAUGAUAAAUUGAUUAAUUUAGAAAAUGAUAUUCCGGGAUUGAAUCUUGGGAUGUGCGGAGACAAUGUUACUGAGUGUAGCAAUGUUUGUGGUGGUGCUGGUUGUGGAUCUUGCGGAGGUAUUUCUUGCGAUGCCGGAGCUGUUAGCAAAGCUAAUCAAGCACUUGAUGUUGCUAAGAAACAAGCUGACAAAAUUAAAAGCCAUAAAGAUUCUGCAGAACAACUUUUACGUACGAUGAUGGAUAUUAAACAAGAUGCAGUGACAGCCAGAUCAAACGCACAAGAUGCAUUUAAUUAUGCGUACGACGCAAGAAACAAAUCAGAUAAACUAUUGAAAAAUUUAACCGAUAUAAAUGAGAAAAUAUGGAUGAUAUUGAAUGAUGAUCAGCCGACUCCAGUUAUGGUUAGAGAUUUAGCUGAAGAAGUACUAAACAAACAAAUGAAUUUGAAACCAGAAGCAAUUGAAAGCCUAGCUGCUGAUAUCGACAAAAUAGUGGGAUCAUUAACUGAUUCUGAUAAAAUAUUGAGUGAUACUGCUUCGGAUUUGAGAAGGGCCCAGGAUUUAGAAGAUCAAGCUAAUCGUGCUAAAGAAUUAGCUAUUGAAAAACAAACUCAAGCUGGCAAGGUUGUUUCACUAUUGGGAGAGACUCAAAAAGCUCAGCUUGAAGCAGCUUCAGCAAUAGAAAAAGCUGAAAUAGAUAUUGGAUUAUCCAAAAAAGACCUUGAAGCUGUAGCUGAAGUAACAGCAGAGGCAAGACAAAAAGCUGGUAACACUACAGCGGCUGUUGAAGCACUUGAAGCGCGAUUGAAACAUUUACAAACUCAAUCUGUUAAAAAUGAUUUCGUUUUGAAUCAAGAAGUACGUAAAGAACUAGGUAAGUUAGCUGAAGAUGCUAGAUUAGUUAAGGAGAAGACAGAAAAACUUGGGAUGGAGUACAAAAACGCUGGCGAUUCAUUGACGUACCGCGUUACCAAGAGCAAAGGCGACAUUCAACGUGCCAAAAAAUUGCUGCAACGUGCUUCUGAACUUACUGCUGAUACAACUACCAAAUUCAAAGAUCUUGAUGGUAUGGAAAGCGUUUAUAGAGAUAAUGACAGGCUUCUUGGCGAUUUGAUGGCUGAAGUUGACUCACUCAACACCGUAAUGGUACAGCAGUUGGCUGAAAUAGAACAAAAAGCUCAGAGUUAUCGGCAAUGUUCGACUUAAAAUUGUAAAAUUGAUUUUAUAAAUUUUAAAAUUCAUUACUAAUUAACGACACAGCACGGAUGCAUGUGCCAUACACCCAGUGUCAUUUAUUAUUUUAAUUAUUAUUAAACUAAACCAAUUCAUCAAGCAUUUAACGCGUUAAUGCGUCUGUAAAUACAUUUUAUAAUUGAGUUUUAAAGAAUUUUUUUUUAAUAAUAUUAAUAAUAUUAUAUUUUAUUCUAUAGAG